GAGACUGACUUGUUAUUUCUCCUUUUGGUCAUACUGACUUUGUCUCGACAAAAGCAAUAAAGAAUCAGCGAAAAAUGAAGAAUGAGGAAGAAAAACUUUCAAGAAGGAUUUGAAACAAUUGUUUCUGAACAGACAGCAGAUUUUUGUGAUUCUUGUGAUUUAUUUUUUUUUUUUCAUUUUUAAAACCUUGAUUCAGAAAGUGAAAGUAAAGUUCGGAUUUCUGGAGCUCAAACAGUGAGAAUGGCUUCAUUAUCUGAAGAUGCUUUUUCUUGUCCCGUGUGUCAUGAAAUCUUCAAAGAUCCUGUUAUUUUAUCAUGUAGUCACAGUUUCUGUAAAGAGUGUCUUCAACAGUUCUGGAGAACCAAGAAAACUCAGGAGUGUCCUGUCUGCAGGAGAAGAUCCUCAAGAAAUCGUCCUCCAAUUAAUCUUGCAUUAAAAAACUUGUGUGAGUCGUUCCUGAAGGAGAGCAAUGAGAGGCGUUCAUCAGGAUCUGAGAUCUGCAGUUUACACAGUGAGAAACUCAAACUCUUCUGUCUGGAGGACAAACAGCCUGUGUGUUUAGUGUGCUUUACUUCACAGAAACACGUCAAUCACACAUUCAGACCCAUCAGUGAAGUGUCUUCAUUAUAUAAGGAGGAGCUCAAUACAGCACUGAAGUCCUUACAAGAGAAACUGAAACACAAUAAAAACAUUAAAGGAGAGUUUGAGAAAACAGUUCAACACAUCAAGUCUCAAGCUGAGCACACAGAGCGUCAGAUUAAACAGCAGUUUGAGAAGCUUCAUCAGUUUCUCAGAGAUGAAGAAGAAGCUACAAUCACUGCACUGAGGGAGGAAGAGGAGCAGAAGAAGCAGAUGAUGAAGGAGAAGCUGGAGGAGAUGAAGAGACAAAUCUCAGCUUUUUCACAGGGAAACAAAGACAUGGAGGAGAUGAUGAAAGCCAAUGACGUCUGCUUUCUGAAGAAGUUUCCAGUCACAAUGGAAAGAGUCCAGAUCUCACAGCCGGAUCCACAGAUGGCUUCUGGAGCUUUGAUUCAUGUGCCACGUUACUUGGGCAACCUGCAGUUCAGAGUCUGGAAGAAGAUUCAGGACAUUGUCCAAUACACUCCUGUGAUUCUGGAUCCAAACACGGCUUAUCCACGUCUUGUCCUGUCUGAUGAUCUGACCAGUGUUAGACGAAGAGAGAACAAACAACCUCUUCCUGAUAAUCCAGAGAGAUUUGACUAUUAUGAAUGUCUUCUGGGUUCAGAGGGUUUUAACUCAGGAACACACUGCUGGGAUGUGGAGGUUAAAGAGAAUUCAUCCCAGAGAUUUGGAGUAACUACAGCAUCAAACCAGAGGAAAGGACAUAGUUGUUGUAACACUGGUGUCUGGAGUGUGUGGUAUGAGUCACCUUACUAUGCCUCACUGUUCCAGCCCCGCACUGGUUUUCAUGUUGAACAGUAUCUUGAGCGUGUGAGAGUGUAUCUGGACUAUGACAGAGGAAUGGUGUCAUUCUCUGAUCCUGUAUCUAACACACAUCUACACACAUUCACAACCACCUUCACUGACACACUCUUUCCUUUCUUCUGUUGUUCUUCCUCUCUGAGGAUCUUACCGGUCAAUAGUCAGUAAUUGUUACUCCUGUAGGUCUGAAUCAAUCUACUUUCAUCUUUUACACUCAUCAUGUUUUUUGUCUAGUAUACAUCUAGUAUAUUUGUCUAGUAUUUGUAUGUGUUUAACUUCUCAGAAAUGCUCUUAAAUGGACAGUUCACCCAAAAAUGAAAAUCCUGUCAUCAUUUACUCUCCCUCAUGUUGAUCCAAACCUGUUUCUUGUUAGAUAUUUUAAAGAAUGUUGGUAAUCAAACCAUUUCUGAUCCUCAUUGACUAACAUAAUAUGAGAAAAAUGUACUAUAAUAAAUAACAAAAAGGUGUGUCCAAAC